CAAGUCUUCUCCUUCCAUUCCAUUCCCCUUCUUCUCAACCUCAAAGAUUUCGCCUUUCUCUCUCUUCUCUCUCUCUUCGUCGCCUUCCUCCUCCUCCUCUGCCCCCCCUCUUCGUCUUCCUGUCGAAAUCCCAAUCCUUCCAACUCCGCACCUUUGCCUGCCUCCUCCGAUCCCUUCCUCCGCCGCCGCUGCUGUACGGGGCGUCGUCACUUCUUUUUAUUUAAUUCAAAGUUUCUUUGAUCCGGGAUCCUGCAGCCGUCUGUGGAGAAGAAGACCCAGUCUGAAUCUAAUCCUUGUGGAGAGUUGAAUUGGGGACCCAAAAAGGGCGGUUUCUUGUGUAGCUGAAUUUGGGGUAGGGGAGUUGCUGUCAGUGUGUGAACUGUGAAGGGGGGGUUGGGGGUGGCUGCUUCUGAGAAUUUUGAUGAAUUCUCGCCGAUCCAGGUCUGUAAAGCUCGUGUCCACGCGCGCCAAGCCCCUCGAGGUCGAGAUCGCCAAGGAGGACGAGCGGAUGAGCUCGUCGGCCGACAACACGGUGUACUGCUGCAUUGCAAAGGGGAGGAAGAUCAUCUACUGCUACAACAGCAAGGAUGGUGACCCCCAUAUGGAGACCACCGCCGCGCUCUGCCUCGAGAAUGCGCCCUCGUAUCACCGGCAUUAUAUCCACACGGCGGGGUCUAGGAGCUAUGGCUAUCUCAUGGCCGAUGGGCACACCUUCUUCGCGAUCAUUGACCCGAGUGUCGGAAAUGUGGGUGCCUUGCAGUUCCUGGAGCGUGUGCGCGAAGUGUUCAGAACUGUAAAUAGGAGCGGCUUCCAUGACUCGCUGGUACCGGCUGUACAGAGGCUGGUGGCUUCGCUGGAGAAGAUGCCCCAUGCAACAUUUGACCUUGAGGAAAGUGUGGAAAAGGGAGAGCCUAGUGACAGCUCUAGCUGCACCUCAUCGAAGGUUCCUUUGCUAGGGAGAAGUGGGAGUAGGAAGGAUAAGAAGAAGGCUAAGGAGAAGGCAGCGUCAGCUGCGGUUUGCGAGGAUGAGCAGCAUGGAACUAGGGGAGUGAGAAUUGAUGUGCCACCAGAGGAGGUUGGUGGCAUGUCGCUGGAGCGGAGUGCAAGCCAGUCCAGGCUGCGACGACAGCACUCAUCCCGGUCAUUGUGGGUGCGCCAUGUGAAGAUCAUCAUCGUCGUCGAUGCCAUCAUCUGCAUACUGUUGUUUGCUGCUUGGCUAGCCGUUUGUAAGGGUUUCCAGUGUGUGUCUAGCUGAGGAAAAGAAAUCCUGGCAUGAGUUGUAUAGCUAUUGGAGAAAUGAGAAAGCUUUAAUUUGUGGUGAGUUUUGAUUUGUUGCUUUUCCGGAAAGGUAAAUACUACCAGCCAAGAAAAUGAUGAAUUGAGAGUUGUACCAGCGAAAAUAAUGCGGGGGGAGGGAGGCUGCAAUUACCAAGAUACAAUAUGUUGCUGAUGAUCAGAUGGUGAAAAUGGAGGCUCAAUGCUGUAAACAUGUAGAUAGAUAUGCUUCUCCUCUUGUACAUGGCAAUUCGAAUGUACAUACGCUUCACCCCUUGUACAUGAAUACAUGAUAAUGUGAUAGGAUUAUUAAAAGAUUUCAUCUGUUCGUGAUA